AUGGAGAGCUCGCUCGCUCACGGGAGCACCGGGGACGUGGGCACAUCACGGGCAGAAGGGGAUGUCCUGGGGGUGCGGAGCCGUCAUGGGGACACCAGGGACAAGGGGAUGUCCUGGGGACAAGGGGAUGCCCUGGGGGUGUGGGGGCAUCACGGGGGAUGUGGGGACCCCAGAGAUACCAGAGACAUGGGGGACACGGAGGGGACACAGAGGGGACGAAGGUCCCUCAGUGGGGGGGUGAAGCCCUACGAGGCCAUUCCAAGGGAUGGAGCCAACCGGUGGCUCAACCUCUACCGGCUCUGGAGGGACGGAGGCUUCCAGCACUUCCAUCACCACAUGGAGAAGACCUUCCAGAAGCUGGGACCCAUCUACAGGGACCGGGUGGGCUCCUACGAGUGCGUGAACGUCCUGCUGCCGCGCGACGCGGCCCAGCUCUUCAGGGCGGAGGGCACCUUCCCGCGCCGCAUGGGCAUCGAGGCCUGGAGCACGCACCGGCAGCUCAGGAACCACCAGAAGGGCCUCUUCCUGCUGAACGGUCCCGCCUGGCGCAGUGACCGCCUGGCGCUGAACCCGGCGCUGCUGAGCCCGGCCGCCGGCCGCCACUUCGCCUGGCUGCUGGACGUGGUGGCGCAGGACUUCGUCAGGGGGCUGCGGCGCCGCCUGGAGCGCAGCCCCGGCGGGGCCCUCACCCUCGACCUGCACCCCCUCAUCUUCCGCUUCACGCUGGAAGCCAGCACCUACGCCCUGUAUGGGGAGCGCCUGGGCUUACUGGGGGGGGGUCUCACGGCGGGGGGGGCCGAGAAGUUCCUGGCAGCGCUGGAAACGAUGCUGAGCACGACCCUGCCCCUGCUUUUUGUACCCCCCUCCCUUCUCCGGCGCAUCAACCCCCCCCUCUGGAGGGACCACCUGGCGGCCUGGGACGUCAUCUUCCAGCACGCGGGGGGGUUGCUGGGGGAGCUGCUGCUGCAGGGGCAGCUGCCCCUGGGCUCGGUCAAAGCCAACGUCACGGAAUUCACCGCGGGGGGGGUGGACACGACGGCGGUGCCGCUGCUUUUCACGCUGCUGGAGCUGGGGCGGAACCCGGGGGUGCAGCGCGAGCUGCGCGAGGAGCUGCUGGGGGGGCCCCAGAAAGAGGGGGUGCCGGGACCCCCCCCCAAGCCCCGGCCCCUCCCGGAGCUGCUGGGGGAGCUGCCGCUGCUGAGAGCUGCCAUCAAAGAGACCCUGCGGCUGUACCCGGUGGGCAUCACCGUCCAGCGCUACCCGGCCACCGACGUGGUGCUGCACAACUACCACGUGCCAGCAGGGACCCUGUGCCAGGUGGCUCUUUAUGCCCUGGGCCGCAGCCCUGAGGUCUUCUCCAACCCCCAGCACUACGACCCCAAGCGCUGGCUUCUGAAGGAGGCCAGCAGCAGCUUCAGGGCCGUGGCCUUCGGCUUCGGCGCCCGGCAGUGCAUCGGCCGGCGCCUGGCUGAGGUGGAGAUGAUGCUCUUCCUGGGGCACGUCUUGCGCAACUUCACGGUGGAGGCCGUGUCCACCGAGGACAUUCCCACUGUCUUCCGCUUCAUCCUGAUGCCAGAGAAGCCUCCUCUGCUUACCUUGCGUGCCCUUGACUGACCAGAAGGUCCCCAACGUGUGUCCUCACCCCACUGCCACCCCACUCCGAGGUCCCCUUCAUGCAGGGGACGUGGUGAUGAGGCAAGGCCUCAUUGUCCUCAUGGCCCCGAAGGUUGGUGGGUGGUGGCAUGCAAAUGAGCUGUCCCAGGGGUUGAUGGGACUCCAGAUCCUCAAUAAAG